CUGGUUCUUAUUCAGCAGCUGGGCUGCAGUGAUCCAAAGGAAAAAACACUGCUGUUUUGAGUGCUACUCCACAUAUGCGGAUGCUGCAGCUGAGACUUCUGUAGGAUCUCGAUUCACUGGACUGGAGAGGCAACAUUUCUUCUAUUUUUUCCACGUGAAUCAUCAAGAUGGUCAUAUGGGCAAAAGUAUUGUUCAGUGUAAAUGUGGUUAUGCAGCUAACCCAUAUUGUGACUUCCCAAGGAAUUAUCUAUGAUCUCCUGGUGUCUCCUGAUUGUUUGCCUGAUCUACUGCAAGGAGGAUUGAAGAAUAAGAACGUGAAUGACGCUUACAUCCUGACAACUUUUCAGGUCCAGAAUAAAGCUCCAGUGCGCGUUUUUCAUAUUUACAACCCUUCAGACAACAGCGAUCUUUUUGAAUUCACUGUACAUGGAAAAUUCAACAAAGUCUCUCUGAGGUAUCUGAAAAGUAAUGGAAAGAUAGGUACAGCCAGCUUCAUUAAAGUGCUGUUGGCUGAUGGUCAGACACACAACGUGCUGCUGCACUUCAGUGGGCUGACACAUGGCACUCCUCGCAUGGCUCUGUAUGUGGACUGUAGGUUGGUGGAGAUAGUAAAUGAACUGCCAGCUGCGUUUAAGACACUACCUUCUGGCCAUAAUCGAGUGGCACUAAAAACCAUGCCCACUACAUCAGAGGAUAGUGUGUCAGACCUUAAGCUAGUCCUGGGUGAAUCCAUAGAGAAUGUCGUGGAGCUUCAAGAUUGUUCUCUGCAGCAGGGUGAAACACUGCAGCUUGUAGGCCUCUCAUCAAAGCUGGAGCCAGGCCCCAUGUUUGAGCUUGUACAGAUGAUCCAAGAACUGAAAGAGAAAAUGGACCGUCAGCUCCAGGAGACUGCAAAUUUAAGGAGAAUAAUUAUGGAGUGUGUUCCAUGUGAUGGGCAGAACCCAGAGACAGACACAUCAACCAAGUGUGGUCCAGGAGUCUGCUUUCAGCAAAGUAUGUGUACUGACACAGAGCAUGGUGCCAAGUGUGACCCAUGUCCUGAAGGCUAUACUGGUGAUGGAGUCCACUGUGAGGAUGUGGAUGAGUGUCAGUACAGCCCUUGUUUCACUGGUGUGCGGUGCAUUAACACAGUCCCAGGGUUCCGGUGUGAAAAAUGCCCCAGUGGAUACAGUGGGCCGGAGUUGCACAGUGCAGGCAUCGAGCAGGCUCAGUUACGUAAGCAGGUGUGUAACGAUAUAGAAGAAUGCCAAAGUGUGGACAACGGAGGCUGCACUCCUAAUUCCUAUUGCCACAAUACAAUGGGUUCAUUCUACUGUGGAGUGUGCAAGCCUGGUUUCACUGGAGACCAAAACAAUGGCUGCAGGCAGAUCACUGAUCCUGAUCAUCCUGCUGGACUGUCUACAAGGCUGUGUGCGAACGGUCAGCACAACCCCUGUGAUAUUAACGCAGAGUGUAUCGUGGAGAGAGAUGGAAGCAUCAGUUGUUUGUGCAACAUCGGCUGGGCUGGUAAUGGCUACGUGUGUGGAAAGGAUACGGACAUCGACGCUUACCCUGACAGGAAACUUCCUUGCCAGGAUACAUACUGUAAAAAGGACAACUGUAUGUAUGUACCAAAUUCAGGCCAGGAAGAUGCAGACGGUGAUGGAAAAGGCGAUACCUGCGAUGAAGACGCAGACAGCGAUGGGAUCAUCAAUGAGAAGGACAAUUGCUGGUUGACCCCAAACAUAGACCAGAAAAACAGUGACGAAGAUGUUCAUGGUGACGCAUGUGACAAUUGCAGAAAUGUAAAUAACCCAGACCAGCGGGACACGGACCAGGAUGGACGGGGAGAUAGUUGUGAUGAUGACAUGGAUGGCGAUGGGAUCAAAAAUAUUUUGGACAACUGCCCAAGAGUUCCCAAUUAUGACCAGCUUGACAGGGAUAAUGAUGGUGUGGGAGAUUCCUGUGACAGCUGCCCUGAUGCACACAACCCCAACCAGUCAGAUGUGGACGAUGACCUUGUAGGAGACACUUGUGAUACGAAUACUGACAGUGAUGGGGAUGGACACCAGAACACCAAAGAUAAUUGCCCUACAGUCAUCAAUAGUGCUCAGUUAGACACAGAUAAGGAUGGGCUUGGGGACGAAUGCGAUGAUGAUGAUGAUAACGAUGGCAUCCCGGAUAACGUAGACAACUGCAGAUUGGUGCCCAAUCCAGACCAAGCUGAUAAAGACAAUGACAGUAUAGGAGAUGCCUGUACUGGAGACUACGACCAAGACCGGAUGAUUGACAGGAUCGACCCAUGUCCUGAAAAUGCCGAGAUCACAUUAACCGACUUCAGAGCGUAUCAGACUGUGGUGCUUGACCCAGAAGGCGAGGCUCAGAUUGACCCCAACUGGGUUGUUCUCAAUCAGGGCAUGGAGAUCGUUCAGACGAUGAACAGCGAUCCAGGACUCGCUGUGGGUUACACAGCCUUCAGUGGUGUGGAUUUCGAGGGAACUUUCCAUGUGAACACAGUGACUGACGAUGAUUACGCUGGAUUCAUCUUUGGCUACCAGGACUCGUCCAGUUUUUAUGUGGUUAUGUGGAAGCAGACCGAGCAGACCUACUGGCAGGCUGUGCCGUUCAGAGCCGUGGCUGAACCUGGCAUCCAGCUCAAGGCUGUGAAAUCCAAAACUGGGCCGGGUGAAUUUUUGAGGAAUUCUCUGUGGCACACGGGAAACACCAAGGAUCAAGUGCAGCUGCUGUGGAAAGAUCCUCGCAAUGUGGGCUGGAAGGACAAGGUCUCAUACCGCUGGAACCUGCAGCAUCGACCUCAAGUUGGAUACAUCAGGGUGCGUUUUUAUGAAGGCGCAAACCUGGUGGCUGACUCCGGCGUGGUCAUCGACACAAGCAUGAGAGGUGGCCGUCUCGGAGUGUUCUGCUUCUCUCAGGAAAACAUCAUCUGGUCCAACCUGAAAUAUCGCUGCAAUGACACAAUCCCUGAAGACUACCAGGUUUACACUGCACAGAACUCCACCAGGAAAGAGGAUACACAGGAUAAUACUGCACAGUAACACAGCGGAAUGGCUAAGAAAAUCUCAUGUGGCCAAUCGUUCGAGGGAAGCAAAAGGGUGUGUUGGUUAAAUAUAAUGAGCUGGUUAGUGUUUAUUUAAUAAUCAUAAUAUUGUCCCUUAUAAUUAAGCAGGCUACAAAUAAACCAGUUAUGUAAGAGUAUGAUAACCAAGCUGCAGUUGCUUUGGUAAAUUCUUUGGUAAAGUCUGCUUUAGGUUACAAAAUGAGUCAGCUAUGAGUCAGCUACAUAGUUCAAAUGAGCAGAAAUACUUCAUUGUGUUUACUCAUAUAAUAGAUGUACUCAGUGUUCAGUAGAAAACAAACAGUCAGUGAGCUUGACAGUAACUAAUGGUCACUUUGGGACAUGAGAAUCUUGUACACAAUUAUUAAUAAUUAAUGAAUUAAUAAUCCCUAUUAAUAGUAAUUAUAAUAAUAAUACAGAAUAGUUGCUGAAUAAUAUGCUUUAAGAUGAAUGUUGACUAAUAUGCCAGGGGUUUAUAGGGUUGAAUGCUAUAUAAGGAAAAUGAAAGUGAAGGAAUUCAUGUUUAGAGCAGUCUGUCUGUGUACAUGUCAAAUUCUGUUGUAAAAGAUCCAAAGUUUGUUGUUAUUGGUGGUUGUUUUAUCUGUAUACAUAAAAAGAAAUGGGUCCAAAAAAGAGAAAAUAUUCAAUUGUAUGACUCUUCUAGCUUCAAAAAACAUUAUCGAAUCUUUUCCUCACUUUUUUUUAAACCAGUUCAGUGUCAUGAUGAACCAAAAUGCAAUUAAAAGCCUUUUUCCACAGAAAAUAAUCAUAACAUUUAGUUUUUUUCUUUUUUGUUUUUAAUUUAAAAGUUUAAACCUCAAAAGUACAGGUUCACACAGUUAGGCUCGAGUCCUUUUAUAAUUAUCUGAAAAUCUUCACCAGGUAAGAAAACAACAUAAAAAGGUAUAUUUUAAAAUGAUGGUCAGAUUUUUGUAAACAUAUGUACACUUUUGGAAAAGGGGAAAAAAAACAAAUAACAUACAAUUAUGGCAUGCGACAUUAGUAGAAUCAGAGGAAAAUGAGGAAUUACAGCAUUGUAAAUAGGGUGAACGUGUAUAGUGGUCCGCUUUAAACAAUAAAAAAAACUUUAAAAAUAAAAAAAAUAUUUUUUUUCUUUCAAAGAUCUAGCCUUCAUCUAUAACAUUUUUUUAGACACAAAUAUCACAAUAUAGAGCACCAAAUUAUUCACAGAUAUACAUGUAGAAAGAGAAUAAAGUAAGUCUGCACAUAUUUGUCAGAGUUAUUGUUACUCAGAAAUUGCAUGUUUUUUUCAGCAUCUGUAUCAACCUGUGUGUUCUUUGUGGUCAUGGAUACUGACAGCAAUUCCUUAAUACUGUUGUAAGGAAAAAGUUAAGUAACAAAAUGUUAUUACACAAAGCAAAGCGUACACAAUUCAAUAUAUGUUUUAGCUUGCGUUUGAUUUUCUGAUUCAUUAGUUUAUACUAAUAUUGAGAUCAAAUUGAAUACAGUGUUUAUAGAAUUUUACCUAAAGAAAAAGGCAGUUCACAUUGCUUUGUAUUUUGAGCUGCUUCACGCUGUGUUUAAGGCAAAUAGCAAAAGAUCACAAAUUGUUCCUAUUAUCUGAUUAUUAGAGAUGAUGCUUGUGUUCCAAUCCGGUAUGUUACAUGCGUGUUCGAUAAAAAGCAAAAUAAGUGUUUGUUUUUUUCAGAUUGUAAAAGUUUUAACCAUUAAAACAAAUCCAGUUCUAUAUAACAUUUAUCUCUCCAAUAACAAACACGUAACAAAAAAAAGUUAAUGCAACAUAACCCUUGAAGUGUACAGUUUAAAAACAAAUAUAUAAUAAUAAUAAACCUUUUUUUUAUUAUUAUUUUUUACAAAUAAGAAAAAAAGUGACAAAGCUAACAACUUUGGAACAGUUCGUGUAAACUGACCGUACACGGCAGUGUGAAGUGAAUUAUUUACACUGAGAUGGAUCCAUGCAAGUCUGGAGCAUGAGUACGGCUCUAAUACAUUCAAAACAAAUGUAGAGCAUUCAAGGCACAUUUGGACUAAUAAUAAUAAUAAUAAUAAUAAUAAUAAUAAUAAUAGAAAGAACAUGAUCACCACCAAGCUAACUAUAUUCAUGCUUUUUUCUUUUCUUUUCAUUUGCUUUUUUUUUUUUUUUUUUGAAUUCGUUCUUUUCUUUUGCAUUGUUCACAAGCCUACAAUUUCCUAAACCCUAAAAUUAAAGGGAGAGUGCAGCAGGAAUGUUCGCGUUCCCAAACAAUCGUUUUAAUCUAUUAGGCUAAGCUAAAACAUCGCUAAUCAAUGUGUGAAAUAAUGUUCUUCAUAGAUAGCUAUUAUUUUGGUGUGAACAGUAUAUAAUAAUGAAAAUAUUAUAAACAAAUGUUUGUUAUGUGAUGUGUAAAAAACAAAAAACUACGAGGGAAAAAAAAAUACACAUUGGAAUAAACACCAUGCUACUGUUUGACUUGCAUAGAAUACUAUAUUGAUCAAAAGAUGUGAACACACACAAGACAGUAAGAGUGAAAUGAGCCUGAGCAAUGAUCUGCUUUUACACCUUCAUGUUUUCUAGUCCUUUAUAUAUUAAAAAAAAAAAAGAAAAAAGAUCACCA